AUGAGUUCACCUGCAGCCGCCAACCCAGCGGGGUCCAUAUCGCGAGAGGGAAAGAAGAGGAAGGGCGUACGAAAGGUCUUGUAUAACGUAAAGACCGUUUUCAAAUGGAGUGCUCGAACUAAGAAGGGGGCUCCACCAACCGCACCUGUAGCCGCGGUCGUGAGCCAACCUGCUGCGCCUUCGAAACCGCAGUAUGAAGGUGCCACCAAGAUUCCUCGGAUACAGAUUCAUGAGGAGCGUGCGAAGAAACUCGGCACUAGGUUUGGCUUGGAAAUAAAACCAAGUGAAUGGCAUUCUACCGAAGGAGAUGUGCUCCGAAUUGAGAAGUCAGUCCGCAUGCGAAUUCACCGGGAGUGUCAUCAAUGCCAUUCUGCGUUCGCUGCUGGCGAUGAGUGUCCUAGUUGUAAGCACAAGCGUUGUAAAUUGUGUACUCGGCACCCUGUCAAGCUGCGCACGGAGGAAGAGAAACAGGCUGUACGAGAAAAGAGGGAGGCAGCCAUCCGAAGGAACAAGCAGAAUGCUCCUAUUAUCCCUAGCUACGAUUAUACGGAGAAAGUUGUCUUGAAGCGUCCCCGUAAGACAGGGCAGGAUCUGGUCUACAAGGGCAAGGCCCGCGUGCGUGUCAGAAGGCAUUGCCACGAGUGUAAUAACCUGAUCACCGGCCAUGCCAAGCAAGCAAGAGUUUGCGACAAUUGCGGCCACAAACGCUGUGCCGACUGCCCGAGAGAGCCGAAUGACAAGAACAAGUAUCCAUAUGGAUAUCCUAAUGACGAACCUGGCACAAACUUUAAAGGAGUUCACGCCUGUCACGAAUGUAGGAAGAAGUUUCCGCCAAACUCUGACGAUGGAACCGAAUGUCGCAAUUGUUCGCACAAGAAAUGCACCGAUUGCCCACGAGUUAAGCCUAGGAAAGUCGACCCCGAACCAGACCCCGAUAUUAUGGAAACACUCCGACUCCGCGUGGCGGCCCUGUCGACUGCGGAUAGUUAA